AUGCAUACACUGGAGAAAGUAAAUCGCGAACUUCGUGAACAGCUUGAACGAACGCAAAGGACGCUGGGUGAAAACUCGAUCGCCCACCAACAAACUGCUAGGAUUGCUCAGUAUGAAUUCCCAUCAAAUCAGUCACAGCAGAACAUCCUAGGAACCACGAAGAAGAUCAUGACGCUACCACUAAGCACUAUAACUGAAAGGACGGAAAAAUCCACUCACGGUGGAAGUGCCAUUUCGUUGUCAUCAAAGGGCACAAAUAGAUCUGCAAAACUGCGAGAACUCCAGAUGAAGGGUCUGAUGGAAAGACAAGCACUGGAGAAGAAGCAACUCGAGGAAAAGCUAGCACUUGAACGUUUACUAUUGGAACAGGAUACAGAGGAUGACUCCGACAUCGAAUCAAGCACAAAUAUCCAGAAAAUCGACGAUUGGUUACGUGAAACGGAUCGGACUGCCAGUCACCCGCUGCCAAUCAACGAAACUGGCUUGCCUGGUUACUCGCAUCCACUAGAGCUCACACCUCCCCGAAAUCGGUCCGCAACGCUGCCGUGCCCUGUGCCACAUGUCCAACCGAUUGAUGUGCUGCUGAAUAAAUGUCAAUUAGCUGCGCGGCACACAGUGAAGGAUCUCCCACGCUUCGGAGGUGAUCCGGAAGAUUGGCCACGAUUCAUAGCAGCAUAUGAACGCACUACGAGGAUGUGCGGAUUUAAAAACGAUGAACUUCUAGAUCGUUUGGAACGUAGUCUGUAUGAUCGCGCCCUUAGCUCAGUCAAAAGUUUACUGCUACACCCUGAGAACGUUCCCGUGAUUAUCAGUAGACUAAAAACUUUAUUUGGGAACCCGGAGAUCAUAGUUGAGACUAUGGUAAGACGCGUUCGGGCAAUGCCUCAACCGAAAACUGACCGCAUGGACACGAUUAUAGAUUUUGGUGUUGCAGUGCAAAAUCUUUGCGCUACUGCUCAGGCAUGUCAGAUGGACGAAUGUUUGUACAACGUCGCACUGCUACAAGAGCUGGUCGAAUGCUUGCCACCUACAAUCAAGGUCAACUGGGCUCUUCAUCGUCAACGUAAGAGCACCAUGUCUCUGGCUGACUUCAGCGAAUGGUUUGGGAAUUUAGUGGAAGCGUUGAGCAAGGUGACAAGGCCACUACCCAUAGUCAAGUGUCAGCGAAAUCAACGGGAACGCAAAGAAGAAGCAUACAUUCAUGUACAUUCCGAUGUUGCACCUGGCCACUUCCCUAAAAAGUGCGCUGCGUGUGAAAAAGGCUGUUCUUCUCUGGAAAAAUGUGACAAAUUUCGCAAAAUGUCUCCACAGUCCCGCUGGUCGGUUAUCAAGGAAAUGAAUGUAUGUCGCAAGUGCUUGAAAAAACAUUUCAAAUCUUGCGAGACAAAGGUACUUUGUGGCAGGAACGGUUGUCCUUAUUUACACCACCAGCUCCUUCAUGACGACAGCAAGCAUAAGCUUCCUAUCCAAGCUUCGAAGUUAAAUUCAUGCAAUGCACACCAGUGUUGUCUCGGAGCAGUCCUGUUCAAGUACGUCAAGAUCACUAUAUAUGGAAAAGGAGGAAAGUCGUUCGAUGUUUAUGCCUUCCUCGAUAGUGGCUCCACAUGCUCAUUGAUGGAACACAGCCUUUGGGAAGAACUCGAGCUAGGAGGAGAAAAACACCCAUUAUGCAUCAGUUGGACAGGAGGCCAAGGCCGAUUUGAGUCAAAAUCGGUGAAAUGCUCGGUGGACAUUUCUGGAAGUCAAGGUGAAAAACGCAAUCGUCUGAACAAAGUGCACACUGUUGAAAAUUUGCAAUUACCUGCACAGACGAUGCAUAUAGAUGAUCUUUCUAAACAUUACAAACAUUUGUCUGGUCUGCCCAUCGACUCGUACGAAAGUAUCCGUCCAAGAAUACUCCUGGGAAUGGACAAUAUUCAUCUAGACCAACCUAUUGAAGCACGAGAAGGAGGGGAAAAUCAACCAGUUGCCACUCUCACUCGGCUAGGAUGGAUUGUUUACGGCCCAUGUUCGGUUGACGAAAACUCGCCUGGGAACAAAGAUAAAAGGGAAUUCAACUAUCAUAUCUGCCAGUGCGAAGCCAUGCACAGAGAUAUGAAAAACUAUUUCUCGCUAGACAGUCUCGGCAUCCAGACGCCCAGUGAACCGCUAAUGUCCAAAGCUGACGAACGUGCCAUGGAUCUACUGAGGUCGCAUACAGUUCUUGAGGGAAAGCGAUAUACGACAAGGCUGCUGUGGAAGUUUGACAACUUUCAGCUACCGGAAACAAAAUCCAUGGCCCUUAAUCGAUUUCGGUGUUUGGAGAAGCGGAUGAGUCGUGAACCAGAACUAUCGGUUGCCCUUCAAGCAAAAAUCCAGGAUUAUGAGCGGAAAGGAUACAUCAGAAAAUUAACCGAAGAUGAGGAACGAGUUCGACGAGAUCGUGUCUGGUAUCUUCCGAUUUUUGUUGUUGCUAACGCGAAUAAACCAGGUAAACUGCGCAUUGUGUGGGACGCCGCUGCAACAGUACGAGGUGUAUCAUUAAAUAGCUUUCUCCUUAAGGGUCCCGAUCAGCUUUCUUCGCUUCUUCACGUUUUGUUUCGUUUUCGAGAGUUUCGUAUAGCAGUAACAGGUGACAUUCGGGAAAUGUUCCACCAAGUUGGAAUUCAUCGAGAUGAUCAGCACUGUCAACGCUUCCUAUGGAACAACGGGCACCCUGGUUCAACUCCGCAAGUCUACGUCAUGCAGGUGAUGACGUUUGGGGCGAGCUGUUCCCCAAGCUGUGCACAAUUCGUCAAAAACACUAAUGCGAAACGAUUUGCCGAAGAAUUCCCGGUUGCAGUCAACGCUAUUGUCCACGACCAUUACGUGGACGAUAUGCUAAGCAGCGUCGAAACAGAGCGGGAAGCGAUCGAGUUAGCAAUGAAUGUUCGAGAGAUACAUGCACAAGGUGGUUUUGAGAUAAGAGGAUGGCGAUCGAACUCAAAAAACGUGCAGGCAGCCCUGAGCGAGCGAGAGGUGGACGAAAUGAACCUAAAUGUGAUUUCGCAGUUUUCAACCGAAAAAGUGUUGGGAAUGUGGUGGAACUCAUCCACUGACACAUUCACCUUCAAACUACCGACAAAACCCGGCGAAGAUUUACUCAGUGGUCGAUGUGUACCAACGAAGAGAGAGGUUGUUCGUGUACUGAUGAGCAUAUUCGAUCCAUUAGGCAUUCUUGGCAACAUCUUGAUGUACCUCAAAAUCUUGAUCCAGGAGGUCUGGCGUUCAGGGAUUGGCUGGGAUGAAGUGAUCACAUCUACGCAACUUGAAAAAUGGCGUACCUGGUUAGGAGUCAUCGAAAAGGUAGAAACAGUUUCAGUGCCAAGAUGUUACCGUCUAACUACUUCAUGCUCAACGCAAACAAACGUGCAGUUACACAUUUUCGUAGAUGCGAGCAUAAACGGUAUCGCUGCGGUCGCAUAUCUGCGGUUCGAAGAAAAUGAUAAAAUCGAAUGCGCUUUUGUUGCAGCUAAAACUCGUGUUGCACCCAACAAACUGACGUCGAUUCCUCGACUCGAACUGCAAGCAGCUGUAGUUGGAGUUCGCUUAGCACGGACAGUAGCAGAGAGCCAUCGGAUAAAUAUCAACAAAAGAUUGUUCUGGACUGAUGCACGUGACGUUCUGUGUUGGUUACACUCUGACCAUAGACGAUUCAGUCCGUUCGUUGGUUUCCGGGUCGGCGAGAUUCUGGAGAACAGCGAACUAUCUGAAUGGCGAUGGGUACCCUCCAAAUUGAACCCUGCCGACGACGGGACCAAGUGGCAGCGAACUCCUGAUCUUUCCCAAAACAGCAGAUGGGUCCGCGGACAGGAUUUUAUCUGGGAAAAGCAGACGGAAUGGCCAGAAAUGCUAACACACAUUGGUACUACAACAUUGGAACAAAAACAUUCUGUUGGAUUACAUUGCGCUUCUGCCUCAGUCAUAGACUGCGAAAAAUUUUCGACUUGGAAGCGCCUUCUACGUCAUACGGCUCAGCUGAAGCGUUACGUUCGGAACCUCAAAGCAACGAUAGAUGGAGCACCUCUCUCGCUCGGUGAGCUCACCAAAGAAGAACUAUUGGCGGCGGAAUCAUACCUGCAUCGAAUCGCACAGGAGUCCGUCUACCUCGAGGAAAUUGCCGCACUCACUAGAGCAGCUAACUGUGACGAUGCAUACAAGUACCAUUUACCUAAAAGCAGUUCCAUCUACCAACUAUCACCGUAUCUCGACAAUUUCGAUGUGAUGCGAAUGCGCGGAAGAACAGGUGCAUGUGAAUAUACCGAGCCGGACGCUAGCUGUCCCAUUAUUCUUCCACGGAAUCAUCAUGUUACGGAACUCAUCGUACGGUCUGUGCACUGGCAUUACCAUCACCUAAACCACGAGACGGUUGUGAACGAGAUUAGGCAAAAGUACAGAAUUCCGAAGCUGCGCCGUGUAUGUUACAAGAUUCGGAUGUCCUGUCAAACCUGUAAGAAUCGUCUUGCUCGUCCUGCUGCUCCUCUCAUGGCCGAUCUUCCACCAGCAAGACUAGCCGCGUUCACCAGGCCAUUCUCGUACACCGGAGUGGACUACUUCGGUCCGAUGUCUGUUGCUAUUGGUCGACGUGUAGAGAAACGCUGGGGAGUGCUCCUCACCUGUUUGGUAACUAGAGCAGUUCAUAUCGAGAUUGCACAUUCACUCAAUACCGACUCGUGCAUACUGGCGCUUCGAAACUUCAUGGCAUUGCGAGGUACUCCUCUGGAGCUUUUUAGUGACAAAGGGACAAACUUUGUCGGUGCCGACCGUGAAUUGAAGGACGCGUUCCCCGCACAUGGGAGGCAGCUGGGAAAGGAUGGUGCAAUCUGUCAAGAAAAUCCUCAACCAGAUGAAACUACCACGCCAUCCGACUGA